CUUUUAUUUGCCUUCAUUAUCUAUCUCUCCCCCAAAAAAAGAAACUCCUCUCCUCGCCGGUUUCCUUCUCUCCCAUUUUUUAACCAUGCGAAUCAGAAAACAUGCACGGAUUUCCCCGCUUAAUCCCACUCCUAAUCCCUCCGCCGCCGCCCCCGCCGUCGUUCCUCAACCCACCCUCUGCCAGCUCAACCAGUCGCCGUGGGAUAUCAUCACUUUUCCUCCCGAAGACGACGACGACGACCCACCAAGUCUGCCACCGUCGCCACCUCCAUUUCUGGUCGACCGAGAUUAUUAUUACGGGGGUAGCUAUAUACCUAAUAGGACCUUUGCCAAUCACAUUGCUGUGGAAGAGAGGUUAGCCUUCUGCCCUUUUACGAAUUGGAAUUAAUUUUGAGAUUUUUCCGCCCAUUUUUAAAUUUUGCUCGAUGGAUAAUUAGGGUUUAAGUUUUCGAUCCCGUUAUUUGUAAGUAUAUCCCAGCUGUAAGUAUUAGAUAAUUUCCAACUUAGAAUGAACAUCCCCAUCGCGUAUGCAAAUCUUUUACAGUACUCCUAAGAAGGAGAAACGGGAGGACGUCAUCACGGUGGCUGCUACGGCGGCGGCGGUGGUGGUCGGAAAAGUCAACAAUAAUCGCCGCAAUAAAGUGGAAAAUGACACCCCAAUGACUGAGGUGGAAGAAGAGGAAGUGACUCUGUGCACAAAGACUGAUAAAAAAGGAUGGCAAUGUGGGGGAAUAGUGAAGAAUGGGAAUCCUUUCUGUGAGAAGCAUUUGCCCAAAGGGAAGACCACCCAGAAGAAGAACAAUAACUCAGCUCAUUCCAAGAAAUCCGCUCCGGCUCCGGCUCCGGCUCCGGAUUCCGAGGAGAACAAUCGCCGGCUGGCACCCCGUCCCCGGAAACCGGCAUCGUCAAAUCCUUACGAGUUCUACUAUUAUUCCGGGUUCGGACCCCGGUGGGGGAAGAGAAGAGGUGAGAAUCAGAACCAGAAUAAUAAUAAUUCGGGUGCUGUUUCUGGGAAACAAGAGGCGUACUCGAGCCUCGAGAGUGGGAGUGGGAGUGACACAUCGAGUACUACUAGUAGAAAUGUUUCGGUAAUUACUGAGGAUAUUGCUGCUGCUGGUGAAAAUAAUAUUGGGGGGACUAAUAAGUCUAAAUUAUCAUCCUCAAAAAAUUCAAAUGGGGCUGAUGAUAAAGUUUCGGUCUUUACUCAAUUCAAGAGGAGUCAUGGGCUUGUUGAUUAUGAUUUGGAUGAUGACGAUGAUGGUGAUAUGGAGGAAGAUUAUUUCGAUGAUGAUGAUGAUUAUGACGACUACGAUGAUGAAGACGAUGCAAAAAUUGGGACGAAAAAACGGGCUCGAAGUCGGAAACCAAUUAAGGCUAGGUCACUCAAGUCUCUCAUGUAACAAAGGGAAGGAAAAAAAAAAAAUUUAAUGUUGUUGUUGUUCUUCUUAUUAGGAUUUUGAUAUUUUUCUGUAGCUUACUUCGGUGUUGUUUUUAAAAGGCUUGUUUUCUGGGUCUUUUUAAUUUGUGUGUGGAGAGUGGACUCACUGUGGUGGUGGUGUACGUGUUGUUUUUGUUUGGACCGUUAAAAGGCUGUGUUAGUGUGUGACUGUGUGCAACGUGGGUGUAGUAAGAUUAGAUCAGCUAGGCAGCUGCUGGCCUUUUAUUUUACUAUAUUUUAUUUUACGUGGAUUUUGGGUUUUUUUUUUUUUUUUUUUUGUAUGUAGCACCUCUCUGUAACUUUUUAUAGCAGUAACUUUCUUCUUCUUGACCAAUU